AUGCGCUGCUCAACCGUCCCAGCCCCGCUGGAUGUGGAUGACUGCACGGAAAAGGUGUCCAUCCCAUCCAGUGGCCUGUGCACGCCUGGCUGGCAUGUACCAGGCCCGACGCAUGCCGAGGUGAAGCGAUCGGUGAGUCCCGUGUCGCUGUCCUCCGAGAAGGAGGCGGAGGCAGCCUGGCGCAUGCAGGUGCCACCACUGCGUCGCUCUCUUCGGCGGCUGUAUGCACCGCUGCGCUGGACGGAACUUGGGCUCAUGGUGCCUGGCAUCGUGCUGGCGCUGGCGUGUGGCGCCAUUCCCAUCAGUAUGUCGUACGUGCUGGGCCGUGCGUUUCGCGCGUUGGGCGAGUAUGACUCGAGCCGCGUCGAUGCGUCGGCGGUGCUCCUCGACACGAUGCGUGAUGACUGCGUGGGCCUCGUGGGACUGGCGGGCGCCGCGCUUCUCUUACGUGCGCUCGAUACGUACGUGUGGCUCGUGAUCGGUGAGCGCGGCGCGCGCGCCUGGCGAUCUUCGAUCAUAGCUGCGAUUGUGCGCAAGGACGUCAGCUGGUUCGACCUGGGUAUGAGUCUCGAGUCGGAUACGGGCGCAGCGGGCCUUUUGACGAUGUAUGCGAGUGAGACGGACGACGUGCGUCUCGCUAUGGGCAUUCAUGUGGGUGGCAUGGCGCGGCAUUUCGCGACGAUGCUGCUAUCGACGGUGUUCUCGCUGACGCGGCAGUGGAAGCUUACGCUGGUCAUCUACGCUACGCUUCCUCUCGUCGUGAUCAUCACGGCCGUGGGCGAUGCUAUGGCCGCGCCACUCGAAGCGCGGACGCGGCAGCAAACGCGUGAGCUAUCGACGCUGGUGGAAAAGUGCCUGUCGGCGAUCCAGCUCAUCAAGGCGUACACGUGGGAGCGCGCUCAGAUGGACGCGCUGACGGCCUGUGCGGCCGUGUACCGUCGGUGGCAUUCGCGCUGGACGCUGGUGCUGGGUGUGCGGCUGGGGCUGGGCGCGGCGGUGAGUCUUUUGACCUUUCUGCAGGGCUUUGGCUACGGCAUGGUGCUGGUGCGCCAUGGCCAGGCUGACGCGGCGGACGUGCUUAGCACGUUUCUUGCGUGCCUCGUGGCGAUGAGCCAGCUGCAGACGAUUCUGCAGCGCCUAGCGGCGCUAGAGCGUGGCGUCGGAGCGGCGUCGCGGCUGGAGCGUCUAAGGCUCAGCUGCGUGACGACGAGCAGGAUCGCGCCUGCUCCGCAGCCGCUGCCGACGGUGCAGGGGCGCCUGUCGCUGCAGCGUGUGAGCCUGUCGUAUCCCGCGCGGCCGGAUGUGCGUGUGUUGCGCGACGUGUCGAUGAAGCUGGAGGGCACGACGUACUUGGUGGGCCCGAGUGGCUCGGGCAAGAGCUCCAUCGCGGCCGUUGUGGCGCGGCUGUACGACCCUGUUGAGGGCCGCGUGUUGAUCGAUGGCGUCGACAUUCGCGCGUGUGCCGCGUACCGUGCGCAUGUCGUGUGUGUCCGCCAGGAGCCGCUCAUACUGGAGCGGAGCCUGCGCGAGAAUCUCGCGCCGCAUCCCGUGGCGCCGGAGCGACUCGAGGCGGUGUGUGCGGCGAUGCAGUUGACGUCUGUCGUGCGUGCGCUGCCGCAUGGCCUCGACACCAUGCUCGGCACGCGGGGCGUCUCGCUCAGUGGCGGCCAGCAGCAGCGCGUAGCCCUGGCGCGUGCUCUCAUGUUGGAUGCGCCGGUGCUUGUGCUGGACGAGGCGACGUCUGCGCUGGAUCAUGCGACAGCGCUCUCGAUCCACGCGGCGAUCAAGGCGUGGCGUCAGGACCAGACGACGAUCAUCAUCACGCAUGACCUGUCGCUCGUGGCCCCGGAUGAGUAUGUGCAUGUCAUGUCCGACGGCCGUGUCGUGGAGCAUGGGCCGAUGCGGUCGCUGUCGUAUGCGCCCAUCUCGUACGAGACAAGGCCGCCGUCGUACGUGGCUCGCGCGCCGCCUGCUGCGCUGCUCGAUGAGAAGGCGGAGGCGAUCGACGAUGCGCCUGUGCAGCCGCUCUCGCUGCCGCAUGCGCUCGGGUGGAUGUGGCGUACGUUGCCGUCGCGUGUGUGGUUCUGCGCCGCGCUGCUUCUGUGCGUCGUGUCGGGGAUCACCGUGCCUGCGUUUUCUCUGUGCCUGACGCAGGUGCUUGUGGCGGUGGCUCAGCACGCGCCGCUCGCGGGCGGCCUGCUGGGCGCGACGGCGGGUCUCGCGGUCGCCGAUGGCCUGUGCAAGGGCGCGCGCCUCGUGGUGAUGGACAUGCUGGCGACGCACUGGAUGCAGCGUGUGAGGCUGUACGCCAUGCGCAUGCUGCUUGCGCAGGACUGCACGUUCUACGACAAAGAGGCGCCCAGUACGCUGACGGCGCAUAUCGUCAAGGAGGCGGACGAUGCGCGGCUGUUGGUGAGUGAGAUGGUCGGCCAGGGCGCGGUCUUGCUGGCGAUGGGCGUGGGGGCGCUCGUGUGGUCCAUCGUGCGUGGCUGGCACCUGACGCUGUGUGCGUGCGCCCUGCUGCUGGUGGGCGUCGUAGCGCAGGGCGUGCAUGGCGCAUGGCUUGCGCGGCGCGAGGGCGCAGCGAUGCACGCGCGGACGACGGCCGCGGAGCGUGUGUAUGACUAUGUGCGGCAGCAGCGCGCGGUGCGUGCGAUGGGCCUCGAUGCGCUGCUGGAGACCGAGGCGCUGGGCGCCGCGGAGCGUGCGUAUGUCGCGGGCCUGCGCACGGCGACGGCGGUGGCAUGUGGCGCGGGUCUGGGCGAUGCGAUCAUGUACACGGCGGAGGCGGUCCUGUAUGCGCUGGGCGCCGUGCUGCUGACGCUCGGCACGUACGAUGUGCGCCGUGUGUUGGACGUGCUGAGUCCGCUCGUGUUCACACUGGCGUAUGCGGCGAGUGCGGCGUCGGUGAUGCCCGUCGCCGGACAGUGCCUGCCGGCGCUGGGCCGCGUGCGCCGCCUGGCGAUGCUGCGGGAGGAGGCGGCGAGUGACUGGCACGGCACCGAGACGCCCGAGCUGGCGUGGGGGCAUGUGUCGCUGGAGCAUGUGUCGUUUUCGUACGGCGCCGCGCCGCUGCUGACGGACGUGAGCCUGCAUGUGACGCCGGGCGAGAAGAUCGCGCUUGUGGGCCGCUCGGGGAGUGGCAAGACGACGCUGCUGGCGCUCUUGCAGCGGCUGUACGAGCCGCAGCAGGGGUCGGUGUACAUGGACCACCACCGCCUCGCUGCGAUGGACUCGGCGCAUCUGCGCUCGUCGCUAGCUGUCGUGGCGCAGCAUCCGACGCUCUUCCCCGCCACGGUCGCGGACAACAUCGCCGCGGGACGGCCCAUCGCCCACGAUGCGCUCGUGCUGGCGGCGCAGCAGGCAUGUGCGCACGCGUUUAUCGAGGCGCUCCCGGCGCAGUACGCGACGCGGCUGGGCACGUCGACGUCGCUCAGCGGUGGACAGGCGCAGCGGAUCGAGUGGGCGCGGGCGUUUGCGCGCCGCGCCUGCCUCUGGCUGCUGGACGAGCCGACGUCCGCGCUGGAUCAUGCGACGCGCGAUCAGAUCCUGUCGCAUCUGCGCGCGACGGACAGUACGGCCGUGGUGGUGACGCACGACGUGCACGUCAUGCGGCAGUGCGACCGCGUCGUGGUGCUGGAGGCCGGCCGCAUCGUCGCGGCCGGGCCAUGGCGCACGCUGCAGACGCACGCGGCGCUGCAGCGCGUGCUGCAGCCGGGAGGAUAG